UCGAUUUGAAGACACCAUAGUACGUUGCAGUUCACAAAUCGUCGCAAUCGCAAUGAUCGGUGAAAUCCCCAAAGUUAUUUAUUUGGCACGAAAUUCAAGGUUUUCUGAACAGAUAUUCACGGUGUAAGCUGCUGGAACACUUUUGGACUUUCGUGAAAUAUAAUAUUCUGACCAGCAAAGCCUGAGACGAACGUUGGGUGAGAUCAACGAUGGAUAGUGACGACGAGAAGGAAGCGUUUGAAGUCACCGAUUAUGACAUCGCUAACGAGUUCAACCCUAAUCGACCCCAAGGGAGGCAGACUAAGGCCCAGGCCAUCUAUGGUAUGUGGGCACAGGAUAGCGAUGAGGAGAACGAAAGAGUUGGACUAGGUGGAGGAUCGCGGGGCGGAGGAUUCGAUCCUUUAGGAGACAUGGCUUUCAUCAGUAGAGGGUUCAAAGGGGACAACAAGAAAGACGAAGAUGCAGAGGGUGAUGAGAAUGAUGAUGACGAACCUUCAACAAGCGCCGGAAAAGCGCCUAAAACCCAGGCUCAGAGGAGACAUGCGAAGCUGAUGAAAGCAGACAAGGAGUUUGCAAAGUGGCAGAAAUACACCACAGGAAUCGGAGAAAAGCUUCUCAUUCAGAUGGGGUAUAUUCCAGGCAAAGGUCUCGGCAAAGCAAAUCAAGGAAUCGUUCGCCCCGUAGAGGCUACCAAGCAUAAAGGCAAAGGAGCCAUCGGUCAUGGUCGACCACUGCGGCAGACCAUCGUCUCGGAUGAGGAGAUCGACGACGAGGAGAUAGCGAGGAAACUCGGCAAACCUGUAGCGGCGAAGGGAGCAGCCAAAUGGAAGAAAACCGAUGUCAAAGGUCAAAAGAACUAUGUAUACAAGACAGUGGAUGAGGUCAAGCGGACAGGGAUAUCCAAGAAACAACCAAAGUCCCUGCCAAACCAACGUCUUACAAACGUGAAAGUGAUCGAUAUGACCGGACCGGAGCAGCGCGUUCUGUCUGGGUACUCAGAGAUCUCUAAAGGUCAUGACAAGCCCGUAGAGACGUUUGAAUCCGUUGAGGCGGGGAAGAAGAUGUUUGAGAUGCCGGAGCUGAUGCAUAACCUGGAUCUUCUUGUUGAGAUGGCGGAACAGAGGAUUAUUAAGCAUGAUAGACAAUUACAUCAUGAGGAUGAUAUGAUUGUGAACCUCCAGCAUGAGAAUCAGAAAACAAGUCAAAUCUUGGAGCAGGAACAAGCCGUCAUCGAUAGAUUAUCAACGGUCAUUGAGGUUGUUCAGAGUCUUGCAGAAAGGUCAACCCCAGGACAUGCUAACCCAGUGGCCUUGAGUGACUUUGAGGAAAGUUUAAAGAGGCUUCGAGAGGACAUGGCUGAAGAGUGGAAAGCCUUUCAACUUGUUGAUAUCACCGUAGCCCUUGUAUUUCCAUUGUUCCAAGCAGAGCUCCGUGACUGGAACCCCAUCAGUGAGAUCAAUAAGCACCUGGACCUGUUCCAGACCUGGAAAGACAUCCUUGACUCUCCGGACUGUCAGAUGAUCAUCCAGGACCAUCCCGCUAUAACCGCUUACGAGAGACUGGUCUGGGAAGACUGGAUGCCUGUUGUUAGGAGAGGAAUCACCGGAUGGAAUGUUCAUGAUUGCGAUCCUUUAAUUGGUGAGUACAUUGCAGUUCGGGCUACCCACUAAAAAAAAAAAAUGAUUGUUACUAGUCAAUACUAUCAAUAUUAUUGCCAAAUUUUAUGCAUCAUAUGAUUGCAGCAUAUCUAUUACAUAGCCUGUGAAGGAACCGGCAGGUUCCUCGUUCGAGAUAUACACCCGACCGAAAACAAUGCUGUAGUCAAGUUUUAGAUUGGUGACUUUUAAUGAAGGAGAAAGAAGCCCCCUGGUCAUGGGGCGGUAAAUUAUGAAUUACACCUAAAGGUGUAGAAGGUAGCUCGGAAUCCGGGUGGCGAACCGCAUUUGUAGUACGUGGCUUGGCUGAUUAAUUAAAACUGCCUUGCCACGUACAAACAGAAAAUCGAUUAUAAAGACGACGUACGGUCUGGGUCCACCUUUCCCGAUGACUUAUUACCUGCAAGUGACGCUAAACAUGCCUUCCCGGAAGGGCUUGCCUGACAUGAGUUAUCGGACUAUUUUAAUAAAACAAAUUGUGGCUUCCGAAUGAAAAGGCAGGUAAUAAAUUAGUAUAUUAAAACAAUUGUUAUAUGUAAUCUUAUUUUUGAUAUAUACAAAUACUUCACUAUUAUUUUUAAGAAAUAAAAGAAAUAUGUUAUUGCUGGACUACUUAGUCAGCGGAGGAAAUUGUAAGUAAUACGAUUUGUAAAGACUGUGACGUAUCUAAAAAACGGCGGCAAAAGAAACUAGUGGGUCUUUCAUAGGACAAAACUAAAAAUAAGGUUAAUUAAAUUAUUUUGGUCGCUACACCUGCAUUUGUAUACUGCCCGACUUUGGCAAAAGGAAGCAAGUGACACAUCAGUCAAAUUUGAGUUUGUUGUUGUUUCUGAAACACCCUUUGUAUGUUGCAUGUUCAGGCGAAAUUUGGGGAAGAAACGAUAGUUCUAUGGAAAGAUAUUGACGAAAAUAUGCUGUUAAAUUGCAUUGACACCUAUGUAAAUGACGAACACACAUUGCUCAUUUACAACAAAUGAUGUAACUUGCUUCCUUUUGCCAAAGAAUGGCAGCAUAGUGAACAAGGCACUCCUAUAUUACCCCGGCUUAGCUUGGCCACCGAUUCUGAUGCUCACAGGUUUUUGCGGAAUUAAAGCUUAUUUAUUAUGAAUGUGGGGGUGGGUAAUCCUAGCUGCUGGAAUGUAUAGCGGAUUUGUUGAAAUCCACUUUGCCAAUGAAAUUCUGAUACCAACAUUUAUACACUUUGUGUGCCUAUUCUGUUCCUUUUACCUUUCAGUCAGGAGAGUACAUUGUCUUGCUAGAUUGGCCUGUGCUUUUUAAAAGAAAAAUAAGAAAAAAACAUUGAUUAUUUUUCUUAAGGCGAGGCGUCAAAACCCCAAAUGCGUUCCAACGCGUGCAUAGCCAUUGUUCCAUAAUGAGAGUGUGCAAAGGAGUUCCAAGAGAUUAGUACGAAGUACCGUUAUAUUCUACAUUAAAGCUAAUUUGCAUAAUCCGUACACGCUGGGGAACGGGGCAAUUAUUAUCUCGAUCGCUAUUGGCUAAUCCGCCGGAGCGUCGCACGAGAAUACACUGAAUAGUGCAGGUUCACAUACACACACACACACAGCGCGCCAGCGUACACUUCACAUAAAAUGAGGUCAGUGUUCGGCGUGCACGUCGGAUCAACAUUUGCAGCGAAGCUUUGCAGCGAAUGCAGCGCGUGAGGUGCGGCCGGAUCUACGAGAGGGGGGAAUAGGGGAUGCCUGGGGCUAGCUUCCUGUACAAAGUACCAAUU